CAAACCUUCGGACACCUAGUUUCGAGUAGGAAUCUCGCAAUCGAGAGAAUGCUAAGGCAAUGCUGUAGAGCGAAUAAUUUAGAUUUAGAUUUUUUUAGAAAUGCAAAGAACAAAAUAAUGCCUAAAAUGCCACAAAAGCAUACAGAUUUGUGCUUUCCCCAGUUGGGAUGUAUGCAAAACGGGUGAAAAGAGUCAACUGAAUAACCUUCAAAGAUUUUUUCAACUUUUACUGCUUUGGAACCAGCCUAGGUCAAACCGAUUUGCAUGAUUUACUUCUCACCUCAACUAAUCAGUAACGAUGUGGAAUUAAAUUACUUCAGUUCACGACACGGCACAUGAUUUAAGCGAAUAUGACCAGAUAAUCUCGGGUAGAGGAGGUAGAUGUGCCUUAAAAGCAUACUGAAAAAGCCCGUGGGCCGUCACCUUAUACCUGUAACAACUGGUGUCUUACUUCUCCACACAAGAAUGCUCCAAUUUCAAGUAACGCUAACGAUGUGUCCAAAUUUGCAUAAACAAGACACGAAAGCUAACCGGCCCAGAGUUUCAUUGGCGCGUUGCGUGUCAACAAAAUGUUUUGUUACAAUGCUAGCAGGCUUCUUCCUUCAGUGUCCAGUCCAUGCAUUUUGACUAUCUCAGGUUAUCGUCAUGAAUGUGUAAAGUCAGCAUUUUCUUUACAACAGCUGUUACCUCAAUGGCACAAACAACCGCGCGCGUUCAGAAAUUCAAAUGAUUUGCACUUCAAAAAAGCGAAAAGGUCAACAGAUCGCAUCUCUUACGUACUCAAUAGAUCGCAUCCCGUUCAUGUAUAUAAACUGGUACGUCUGAACACAGCAUCAGCAAUCUCUAGCCGUAUUGCAGAACACGAUGGCAUCUCUUCGACUACUCGUUGCGCUGGUAGUUUCCCUGCUCAGUCCGGAAGCAACCCUAGCCUUCGGCUGGAACUGGCUGCUGGGAUUCGCCACGACUACAAGUUCCACUACCUCAUCAACCUCAUCAUCGUCAACCGCGUCCGCCUCCAGCAACACUCCCAACAACUACCAACUCUCGAUCGGCAACCGUCAAAAUACCUUCGCAAACCUCACCGACUACGGUACAAUGAUAUCCAACGUAAUGAUCAACCUAGCCCGGUUCAACGGAACCGCUGCAAGCGGUGACGACGCGGCCGUAACUCUGCUGGACGAUGCGGUCCUUUCGGUUGCCGAAGCAUACCGCAACGAGUCGACCGCUGUCAUCGCGGGACGACUUGCGUGGUUCAACGAUCAGAUCGCGCAAGCAAACCGAAGCGCAAGCGACGUUCACCAUCAGCAUAUCCGCGAUCUCGUUGGGGACUUUGCGCGCGAUACCCGAGCGGGAACGCUCGGGCUUAGCAACGCAAUCCGGGAUUGUUUGGCCAGGUCGGUGCAGGUCGAAGACGUCAUUCGGUCCGUUGAGAACCGGAGUGAAAGCGGGUGUUUGAGGGCGAAGAUACAGCGAAUGCUGGAGCUGAGAGCCGAAGCUGCCAGCAACCUAACCGAGUUCCUUGAAAGCCAACAAGCCGUAGAAGAUCGUCUGGAGAUUUGCGUUGACCUGCAGGAUGACUUUGACGAUGACAUGAGCGACUUUUACAAAGUCGCUUGCGUCUCUUCGAUUCUCUUUGACGUUCAAAUGGAAACGGCAAAGCUGGAACUCACCGCGGAAGAGCUGACGGCCGAAGCCGGGGUGACGGUGAGGCAGCUGAGGGCCGGACUGCUCGAGUGUGUGGUUGACGUAGCUAAUUACGCCUUCGAUGCCUCGCUGAAGCUGCGCCACUGGAUUAAUGUGUGCAGCGCGGCACGAUAAGUGGUGCAUUUCGCUUUGUCAAAUAAACAAGAUUGAUGAUAA